AUGUAUAUAUAUGCAUUUGGAGUGAUUUUGAUGCAGCUAAUUACUGGAAGAAAUGCUAUAGAUGACACUCUGCCAGAUGAGGACCCUCAUCUGGUAACAUGGUUCUGUAGUAUUCUAAACAACAAGGAGAGCAUUGCCAUGGCCAUUGACCAAACUAUUAACCCUGAUGAGGAGACCAUGGAGAGCAUAUACAAAGUGGUUGAACUGGCAGGACAUUGCACUACUCCCAAGCCAUACCAAAGACCGGAUAUGGGGUAUGUAGUCAACAUCUUAAGUCCUCUUAUAGGGCAUUGGAAACUUGCAUGUCCUAACACUUCAAAUGGAGUUGAGGACAUCUAUAGCUUUGACCAAAGCAUGAGCCUUCCUCAAGAUCCACAAAGAUGGCAAACGAUGUAG